AUGGAGUCGGAUCAUCUUAAGUACCAUGGGAGAUGCAAGGAGUUCGGGAAGGGUUGCACGUGGAUGAUUCGCAUCAGCCUUCGAGCGCGGAGUCGAACCUGGGAGGUUCGACGGUACGACAGACCACACAAAUGCUUGGCUACAUCGAUAUCAAGCGACCACCGACAACUUGAUUAUCAUGUGAUCUGUGUGAAAAUCUUUUCUCUGGUUCGAGCCAAUGCGGCGGUAUCGAUAAAGAUGUUGCAAGAAGCUACCGAAGGAACGUACGGGUUCAGGCCAACUUAUAGGAAGACGUGGUUGGCAAAACAGAAGGCGGUAGCACAAAUAUACGAGGACUGGAAAGAGUCCUAUGCCGAGCUACCUCAUUGGAUCCUUGGUGUGCAGUCUACCAUGGAGGGGACGGUUGCCUUGUUGAAGAUGUCUCCGGUUCGAGUCGGUGAUGACGUUGAUGACUCAACCAUCAUAGACGGUACUCAUCUGUAUAGCAAGUAUGGAGGGACUUUGCUCCUGGCCAUCGCUCAAGAUGGGAACUCCAACAUCUUGCCUAUUGCUUUCAGUCUCGUGGAGGGAAAAAAUGCCAAGUCGUGGUCUUUCUUCCUGACCAACCUGCGCCAACAUAUGACUCCACAACAGGGGAUACUGGUAAUCUCAGAUAGGCACAACGGCAUCAAGGCUGCACUAGAGAACCCUAACAGUGGGUGGUUACCCCCUCAUGCGUACCGAGCAUUUUGUAUUCGUCAUGUUGCAGCUAACUUCACACUCAGUUUCAAGGGCACGGAUGCAAAGUGUUUGCUUGUGAACGCUGCUUAUGCGAAGACUGAGGCAGAGUUUCACUAUUGGUUUGAUAUAAUACAUACCGAGAAUCCGGCAAUGUGUGAUUGGGCGAACAGAAUAGAAUACGAUAAGUGGACUUAG